CGUCGGAGGGAUGCAAAUAAAAAAUUAAAAAAAAAAAAAAAGAUAAUACCGUUUGUAUAGAAGCAGCUAUAUAGGUAGCCUUCGUAAUGCGCUUUGAUGUGCGUGGUGCGCCGGAGUCGGUUUGUAUUGGUAAUGGACGCUCGUUCGGGGCGAAGAUAAUAGUAUUGACAUCUGGACCCGCCGAUAUUGUCAUGCCGGUCGCCGGACGUGGUGUACUCGGAAUUUACAGAUGUUAUACAUGAAGCUGCCGAUAUUGCAGCAGCAGCAGGGGCGCCGUGGUGUGUGUGAUAGCGGAUUUCGGUGUUUGUCAUCUGUUGUGGUCGUCAAAACAUUGCGCCGGUGGAUCGUCGGCGACGGCCAAAGAUUUAAAGUAUCCAGUAGUCUUCACGAAAACUGAUGAAAAAACUGAAGCGAAAAAUUCUAAAAAUGUUUCAAAUAAACCAGUGAUCUUCCGAUAUGGCUGAAAUCAAAAGAAUGAAUUCCAUACCCAUGCAAAUACCAGCGUCGGUUCCAUCUACGCCAACGGUAUCAAAUCAAAUCUUGUUGAUCAAUAAUGCCGAAGGCCAAUUGGUCUCUGGCAUUCUGAUACCGCAAAAUCAUUUUAUGUUGAAAAUCAACAAGAAUCAGCUGUCACCAGAGUCUGAGCCCGAGUCUGAUGUUGUCGAACGCGAGUCUCCGUCAAAAUACUUUUCCAUGAAUUCAAACGAAAAAAAAAUGUUUCGCGAAACAUUCUACAAUACACUUUAUGAAUUUAUGCAUCAAAUAGUUAAAGGCGGACGCGUCGUUAGCUCUUCAGAUCCUAUUUGGGACCAGGUCGCACUCAAGUUGGACAAUAUACUCAAACCAAAAAGUAUUUAUAACCGUUUCAUAUUAAACAAGCACGGUUGCCGAUCACGGCUAAUCGAAGCUUACUUGAAAGAGCCUGGUUGUAGUAAUGCCAAUAUUUCUCUACUGAACGACACAAUGAGCUCGGAUAAAACUUCCGAAAUCAUUGAGAAAAGGCCUGGCCACGUCGACAACGAGACGUUUUACAAUGCUUUGUACGCUUUUAAAGACAAGGUGAUCAAAAACGGGGAAGUCGCUCCGAGUGUGGAUUCUGUGUGGUGUAAGAUUUCUGCACAUUUAAAUAACGCUUUGAAGCCGAAUAGUAUAUAUUUGAGAUUUAAACGUAACACACAUGAUUGCCAAAAGAAGUUACUCGCUCACUGUAAACUCGAUCCAUCCACAGCGAAAACUUACGAAGUCUCCACCCGUAAGGUGAUUCAAACCGAUAAAUCCUUUGCCAGGAUUAAGAAGAAAAAUUUAAAGUUUGAAGAUUCUACCAAGUUUUUUAAAGCGUUGUACGCACAUCGACACUUGAUUAUACAACACGGAGCGAUAGCAAAACAAAAUAGUUUCGUUUGGAACGAAGUGGCAAAGAUGUUAGACUACGCUCUAGAACCCGCGGACGUACAUUCUAAAUUUAUCCGCAAUCACGAUUUGUGUCAGACCAAACUUAUCGAAGCGUGCAAAGAAGACCAAGACUUUACCCCGCUGCACUUCCCCAAGUUUAAUAAACAAAAUUGUGUAUCAGACGAUACUUUCUUCAAUGUGCUGUGUAAAUACCGUAAUGAUAUCUUACAAAACGGUAAAGAAAUAGCAAAAUUUUCUCAUCCUGUUUGGACUCAAAUUUCUCGGGAUCUCAACGACACAUUAAAACCUGCCACCGUCUAUUUCAGAGUAUCGAGAAAUUCUCAAAUGUGCUUGAACCGACUAAUCAAACUGAACGGAUCAUCAGAUUUUUCUUGCAAAGAAGUCGUGGACAAAGACAAGUUCUUUGAAACCAUAUGUUUGUACAAAUAUUCAAUCAUGCACGGUGACAAAAUAGCAGACGCGUCCGACUCGGUUUGGAAUGAGAUUUCACUUCAACUAAAUUCUGCUAUGAGUCCGGAAGCCAUUUUCAAUACUGUAUCGAAGGACGAACAUUUUUGUAAAACAAAAAUGAUUCACGCCUUAAAAACGGAAUGUAGUGUUUUUUCUGGUGAAAACAUCGAUGACGAUCCAUCUGAAACGAUAAGUGAAGUCGCACCAAUUGUUGAAUGCAAUGUAGAUGAGUCUAUAGAUGAUUUUGUAGAAGUGCUCAAAGAGUUUAAAGAUUCUAUUUUGAAAAGCAACGGUCGAUUAGCUAUGAUGUACGACAAUGUCUGGAGGGAAAUAUCAUCACGAAUAAAAUAUUUGAAGCCCGACGAAGUUUACAAACGCGUCAUUAAUGAUUACAAGAACUGUCGCACGUUACUUUUUUCAUCGGCGUUUGAAACGGAUAAAAGCCUUCAAAUAAAAUUGUGCGAAGCAAUAUUUGAAUAUCGAAAAUCCAUCAUUAACGAUAGAGUUAUUGCAAAUAUAAAUAAUCCCGUUUGGACUAAAAUUAGUGAUAGAAUUAAUCGAGUUUUAGAUCCGAAGGAGAUUUACAUAAAAUUCAUUAAAGACAAACAUUCCUGCCGUACUAAGUUGAUGCAAGGACUAAAAGAAGAAGACCCUUCUGAAUCGUCGAGAAGAACAUCUCCUCAAGUAGCUGUCAAUAAAGACAGAUUUUUAGAUGUUUUAUUGAGCCAUAAAGAAUUGUUAAUGUUGAACGGGACACAUGUUAACGCUGGUGAUCCAAUAUGGCAUCUGCUCGCCGAAAAACUUGAUUAUCAAAUAAGUCCGACUACGGUGUACAAUUACUUUUCGUCGAAUAAAUAUAACUGUCUAACUAAAGUUAAACUGUCUAUCGAAGAGGAAAGAAAAGCUCUUAAUGUUAAUGACGACAAACAAAAAUCAACGAAAUUCACUACACAAAUAGACCACGACUACACUAAAGGCGACGUUGAAACAUAUUUUGAGGACUUGGCGUCCAUGAGACAAAAAGUCGGGUACGUACAAGAAAGUGACUUUUUCAACGCGUGCAUGGCAUUUAAAGACGAAAUAAUAAAAAAUGGUAGCAUUGUGUCCUGUACUAACGACGUAUGGGAAAAGAUAUCAAAAUAUCUCAACUAUGCGAUUAAAGCUAAGACAGCGUAUUUGAGGUUCAAACGGAAUACUCAUAAUUGUCAAGCAAAAAUGUUUGACUGUAUGAAUAUUUCCAAGCCACGCGACACUUGUACCGAGGAAGACCUAAAAAUUGAAAAUGAGAUGUUUUUUGAUGCAAUUUCAAUUUUUAAACACUCUAUUAUCAACAAUGGUAAAUUUGUCGGCGAAACGUCACCAGUUUGGUUAGAUGUUUCCAAUUUAAUGAACAACUUGUUGACGCCCGAAGAAGCGUUUUGGAAGUUUCGUCGGAAUGUCGACUCAUGUCGUAACAAACUUGCCGAGAAAUGUGCCCCUGACUGGGCCGCCGAUACGCCUUCAACCAGAAGAAACCGCCUACUGGUAAUGGAAUCGACAGAGACGCAUUGGAACGAUACCUUACAGAGCGACGAAGUGGAGAGAGAAGAACAUAAGGAAUGUGUGAAAGAAGCGAUUCGUAGAGACACCGUAUUUUAUGACGCCGUCUAUAAACAUAAAGACGAGGUUUUCAAGAACGAAUUAAUUGCAAACAGCGCUAGUCCCGUGUGGACAGCAGUUGCUAAUGAAUUAAAGUACGAAUGGAACCCUAUGGACGCGUACUUAAAGUUUAAAAACAACAUGGCCAACUGCAACACAAAAUUUGCCGAAGCCGCCCUAAGACAUAAUCUGAAGAAAUCAAAACAAGACGCUAUGGAUGUUGACGUGAAUUCUCGUGACCAACCUAUGGACGUUGAUCGAGAAGUCACUACAAUAUCGUUAAACGUAAAAAAAAAAUACCAAGAAAAUUAUGAAAAUAAUAUUACUGUUAUUGAAAUAGACUCGCCGACUAGUGAAUCGGAAACCGAAAACGGUUUGUAACAAUAAUCAAACUUAAGCAAAACGGAAUAAUUUCUACUAUUAAUCAUGAAAAUUAAUACUCUCACAAUAAUUUUGUAUUAUUAUUAUUAUUAUUUUUUUUUUAUAUGUAUAAAUAUAUUUAUUGUAUUUUUUUUUUACUUAAUUAAGGACUGAUUCGUGUUACCUAUAGUUUUAAUUGUUUUGUUCACUUUCUUCUUCACUAUUUUUUUUUUUAAUGUUACGCUGUUGGGUUGUGCAAUAUGUGAUUGUUAUUUUUAUUUAAUAACUUUUUUUGCCAUAUUUCGAUUAGUUAAAUUAUUUGCAUAAUUUUGAAAUUUUUAUUUUAUUCAAAAUAAAGUAGAUUUGCCUUAAAUUGACAUUUAUGCCUCACGCUUAUAAAUAUGUAAUUAAAAUACCUUAUGUAGUUUUUACGCGGCCCUAAAAAGCUCAAAUUGAGAUCAACCGCUACCAUAUCAUAAAAAGGACCAGUCUAGUCUCAUUUGGAUUCUGAAAAACUUGAACGACACUCGUAAUUUAAUAUACGAGUAUUUAUUUAUUUUUAUAUUACAUAAUAUCUUUUACAUUAAGAAAAAUUAACAGCAGUUCAAAAAUCUUAUUUCUUGUCUGUCAAUUUGUACCUAUUUAUUAUGGUGUUGUUCAUUACAAGUCAUAUUUAAUUGGAAAAACUUUUAAUUGUUUAACAGUAUUAUUAUUAUAUUAUAUUAUCAUAGUAUUAAAUUAAGUGUGAUGUUUGAGACUUGAGUUUGAUUUAUAAAAAUAAAGUAGAAUAAAUAUGUUGAUUACCUCUUAUAAAUAAUUCUUAGUUUAUAUAAUUUAUAUACUAUGCUGUACUUCACUGAUAAUUUAGGAUUGUAUCUUUAUUGAAAAGAAAUUUUUGUAGUGCAAAAGAAAGACUUGUUUAUUUAUCUUUUGGUGUGGCUUGGAAAACUUUUUUUUUUUUUACUUGAAACUUGACUAGUCUAUUU